CCCUGCCGCCGCGGUGGCGGCCCGGCGCGGCUGUUGGCUGUUGCCAUGGCUCCGGCAAGCCGGGGGAGCCCAAUGAGGUGUCUGCGGCAGUGCUGAAAGGACCAGCCAUUUUGCUUAUGGGAAACAAUGUGACAUGUAAUGCUGUGCUGUACCGGGGAAUAAACAAAAUUCUCGUCGGAGGAGGCAGAAGAAACGGGCACGUUAGUGAGUAAUUGCGGUGGCUUAGCGUGCUUACAAGCUGCCAUUUUGACAAGCUGGUGGCUGCCGUUCCUGCUAGCUGGUCGGAGGAGGUGGAAUGCAGGGUGAUAAUGCUGCAUAUCUGCUGUCAGGCAGCGGAGUAGGGUUUUGUCUUGUAAAGGCAAGGUUUCUCUGCAAUGUUAUCUCAGCAGCUCGCUAGCUGCUUCGAGUGAGAGCCUGUGAUCCAGGAGAAGGGUGUUGCCCUUCUUUCUGCUGCUCUGGCGUGCCGCUGACCCUGGGAAACAGGCACUACUGAGGCGCAGGUGUGCGGUUCAGCUGGGCUCGGUGCUGCAGGCUGGGCUGAAGCCCCUUCUCAGGCUUACGUCCUGCUAUUAGCAGGUUUGCUUCGGAGCUUUCACCUCUGGACUCUUCCACAAAAGGAGGCUGCUGUGCAUCUCGUCUUGUGUGAGAGAGACUCUUGCAUGUGAAUUCGAUUAAUUUCUUGAGAGAAACCGUCGUAAAGGGCUAAAUAAACAAGAUCUACAUAUACAGAAAUUUACUUUCUCUGCAUUUGAGGCACAGCUAAAGUCAUCUGGCUGGAAAUCUGAAGACUUUUAUAGCAAAUCCUCCAGUGUCAAAAUGAACACAGAUAGCGGUGGGUGUGCUCGCAAACGUGCUGCAAUGUCUGUCACAUUAACAGCUGUGAAGAGAGUUCAGAGUUCUCCAAACCUAUUGGCUUCAGGGUCUGAUUCUCAGUCUCCAGAUUCAGCUUGGAGAUCUUACAAUGAUGGAAGUAGAGAGACACUGAAUGGAGAUGCUAGCAGUUCAUCUCUCACGGCAAAAGGUUUUAGGAGUGUGCGGCCAAAUCUGCAGGAUAAAAGAUCACCAACUCAGAUAGCUCCCACCCUUGACAAUAAAGCAGAGCCUGAAAUCCAAGAACAUCCACCUAGUAUUUCUCCAGACACUUCAAAGAUGUCUUCAAAGGAUUUGGGACAAAAGUCUACAGUUCUUCCUUCUUCACAGGCUGCAGAAUGCCAUGUGCUUGGAAACCAGAAAGUAACUGCCCCUGUGAUGGAGGUAAAUGCUUCACAGACACACAGACAAACAGCAACAGAAGCUUCUCCACUGCCUCUUCCUCCUCCUGUGGUACCAGUUAACAGAGCCUCUUUCUCACCAGACAGUGGCACCCAUCUAGUACCAUAUUCUUUGCCAAUGCUUGAUGAUUUUUUGCCUUCACGCUUUUAUAAAACCCCAGCCCUUUCACAGUUGUCAUUUAAAUACCCAUACCUAGCUUCUGAAAGUAUUAUCCACAGGAACGAAACAGCCUCUGUAAACACAGAUUCUGCCAUGAGUGAGUGCUCCUCCCGCACAGUGAGUGAGUCCUCCACAGCCAUUCUAGAUGAGCUGCAGACUUGUAGCUAUGAUACUACUGACUGCUCUGAGACACCUUCCCCAACCUUGAGCCAGAUGUCUGCUGUGUCUGAUGGCACCACCUUAACCAACACUGCUGCCACUUCUCAUGCUCAGAUCACAGUGAAUGGGAACUCUGGCACUGCUGCCAGCCCAGUGAGUUACUUUCAAAGGCCUUUUUCCCCUUCUUCAGCUUACCCUCCACCAGCUUCGCUCAAUUCCAACAUUGUUAUCAUGCAGCAUGGCAGGAUGAUGGAGUCCACAGAGACAUACUCACAGCAUGUUGAGACUCUUGGCAGUACCAGCACCACCAGUACAAUACCAAUCUGUAGAUCCUCAGAAGAAGAAAAAAAAAUUACAGUCAUUAAAGCUCCACAUUAUGCAGGGAUUGGCCCAGUGGAUGAAUCUGGAAUCCCUACAGCAAUUAGAACGACAGUCGACAGGCCAAAGGAUUGGUACAAGACAAUGUUCAAGCAAAUCCAUAUGGUUCAUAAGCCUGAUGACGACACAGACAUGUAUAAUACUCCAUAUGCAUACAGUACCGGUUCCUACAGUCCAUCCUUCUCUGCUCAGGCACACCCAGCUGCAAAGACACAGACAUACAGACCAUUGUCUAAAAGCGCAUCUGACAGUAGCUCCGAUGCCUUUAAGAUCUCAUCCCCUUUACCACCUCCACAUGUGCCACCUCCAAUACCACCACAUCGUCUGAGGGAAAGGUCUACAUCAGAAAAAAACGACUGGGAUCCCCCGGACAGAAAGGUAGAUACCCGCAAGUUCCGCUCCGAACCAAGAAGUAUUUUUGAAUAUGAGCCGGGAAAAUCAUCAAUCCUUGAACAUGAAAGACCGACUUCCUUAUAUCAUCACUAUUCAACAGACAGAGGCCUGGACAGGCCCUCUAGUUCUGCAAGUACUGCAAGUGACUAUAGAAAACGAAGGAAGUCAGAACCUGCUGUAAGCCAUCAGAGGGUGCACAGUGAUCAGAACGCAAACAGGCCUAGCCCAGGCCAUACAGAUAUGCAAGGCCCAUAUACCACCCUUCGAAAGCCUUUAACUAGCUCGUCUCCUUCUUCUCCAUCACGAGCAAAAGGUGGGGAUAUUAGCAAAGUGUAUCCAUCCCUUUCAAGUUACUCAGUGCACAACCACAACACCUCAAAUGAAUUAGAUUACUGUAGCACUUACAGACAACAUUUAGCUGUUCCAAAUGAUUCAAGAAGGGCAGUCAGCUACAAGAAUGGCUGGCAAAUGACUCGUCAAAAUGCAGAAGUCUGGAGCAGCACAGAAGAAACUACUUCUCCAAAGAGAAAAUCUCGUAGCUAUGAUGAUCUGUUAACAGAUGAUCACGAUAGUUUUCCUGAUGCACAGGCCAAGUCUGAAAGCAUGGGCUCUCUGUUAUGUGAAGACUCCUCUAAAGAAGUUUGCUCAAUGAACUGGGCCUCCCCGUAUGUUGAAGGCCGUGGUAGUAGUAGGUCAAGGGUUCGUCACAGAUCUGCACACGAUGCCCCAGGCUUCCUGAAAAUGUACAAAAAGAUGCACCGCAUCAAUCGCAAGGACUUAAUGAAUUCUGAGGUGAUUUGUUCUGUGAAGUCCAGAGUACUGCAGUACGAAAAAGAACAGCACAAAGGUAUCCUUCAAGGCUGGAGGGAGUCUUCUACUGAAGAGGUGCCCAGAGACAUGGUGCCAACCAGAAUAUCUGAAUUUGAAAAAUUAAUUCAGAAGUCAAAAUCGAUGCCGAACCUAGGUGAUGAAAUGUUGUCAACUGUUACACUAGAGCCUCCUAAAAAUGGCUUAUGUCCAAAGAGGCGGUUUUCUAUCGAAUCCUUGCUGGAGGAAGAAAAUCAAGGCAGACAUCCCACUCAGGUACAACGGAGCUACAAGUCUAAGACCCUGAUGCCAAUUCAUAUUGAAGUGACCAGUGAUGAGCCACAACGAUCACAUAUGGAUUUUUCAGACAGUGAUCAAGAUGGAGUGGUUUCUGACCUCAGUGACUUUAUCCAGAUAGAGGGUUCAUCCUUUUGUAGUGAAAGUGACUUUGACCACUUUUCCUUCACGUCAUCUGAAAGCUUUUAUGGAUCAGGCCAUCACCACCAUCACCACCACCACCACAGGCACCUCAUCAGCUCCUGCAAAGGGCGAUGCCCAGCAUCCUAUACCCGUUUCACCACCAUGCUAAAACAUGAAAGGGCUAAACAAGAAACCACUGAGGAUCCAAGGAGACAGGAAACAGAAUCUGGCCUCUCUAAGAUAGCAUUCCUAGUCAGUCCAGUGCCUUUCCGGAGGAAAAAAAAUGCAGCUCCUAAAAAACACACUGAAAAGAAAAAAUGCAAGUCAUCUGUGUUUGAAGCACUAGAUUCUGCACUUAAAGACAUCUGUGACCAAAUUAAAGCUGAAAAAAGAAGGGGAAGCUUGCCUGACAACAGUAUAUUACACAGACUUAUUACUGAGCUGCUUCCAGACAUUCCAGAACGGAAUUCAUCUCUUAAAGCUCUGAAAGGGAGUCCCAUGCACCAGCCUUUUCAUCCACUGCCUCAAGAUGGUGCUAUCCAUUGCCCACUGUACCAGAAUGAUUGUGGAAGAUUACCUCUUAGUGCCUCUUUUCCAGACAUGGACGCAACUAACAACAAUGAUAGUGCACUGUGUUUCCAAGACCAGGAGUCUCCUGGAAGCUAUUCUUCUGCUUUCACUGAUGUGGGACGAUGUACUCCAAGGGAGAGAAGAGGAAAUUCAGACAAAGAGAAACUGCCAGCUAGAGCUGUAUAUGACUUUAAAGCUCAGACUUCUAAAGAGCUGUCCUUUAAGAAAGGAGAUACUGUCUAUAUCCUCAGGAAAAUUGAUCAAAACUGGUAUGAGGGUGAGCACCAUGGAAGAGUUGGAAUAUUCCCAAUUUCUUACGUUGAGAAACUUUCUCCCCCAGAAAAAGCACAGCCUGCCAGGCCACCUCCCCCUGCACAGAUCGGAGAGAUUGGAGAAGCUGUUGCCAAAUACAAUUUCAGUGCAGACACAAAUGUGGAGUUAUCGCUUAGAAAGGGAGACAGAGUAAUUCUUCUAAAGCGAGUUGAUCAAAACUGGUAUGAAGGUAAAAUACCAGGAACCAACAGACAAGGCAUCUUCCCUGUUUCCUAUGUAGAAGUCAUGAAAAAGAAUGCAUCAAAAAGUCUUGAUGACUACCCUGAUCCUCCAAUACCCCAAAGCUAUUCUAGUGACAGAAUACAUCAUUUAGGUUCAACUAAGUUGCCUUCCCAAGCACUGUCCCCACUUCCCAGGCACCUUUCCUCCUCUUGGCCACACAUCGAUCAAAAGAUUCUCCAGGCUGCCACUAGUGACUGGUUUCCAAGAACUGUUGGGUUUUCACCUUCAAGCGUAUACAUCUUACCUUCUCCACCAUUUCCAGACAGUUUUCUUUGUGACUUAGAAGAACUCAAUUCUUUGGCAUUAACAACCUCCCAGUCUGUAGCGAUCUCCCCAGGUAAUAGCAGUCACCACUUUAAGGAUGAUCCCAUUAUUCCAAAUACAGAGGUGUCUCUCAGCUCUCCUACAGCUCUUCCUAUGUCCUUUCUUGUAUCUACCUAUGUCUCAUCUUCAGCCAGCUCACCUUAUGACAUAGCAUAUAAAUACACCAGCAACAAUACCAAACCAGGAAAAGAUAAGGAAUUGAGAGGUAUACUUGACUCUUCUUCAGUUAUUGAAGUACCUAGAGACUUGUCAGACACUACAAGAGAAGGUGAACAUGUUGGCACUAUCUGUAACAUCCCUCCACCACAAAAAUGUGGCUCCAUCUCCACAGUGCUAGCUGCAAUUCCUGAAAAUGAAGAGGAAAUCUGCACUGCAGAUCUGUCAGUUAAUAUAGGGGAUCAGUCAGAGCCUCAAGAAUCAGAUGUCUACAGCGAAGCACAAGAUACAACAGAAGAACUGACCAGACUCUAUAUAGAGGAGGAGGAUCUGGGACAUGAUAAUUUAGAAUUCCCAAUAGCAAGUGGAGGAGAUUCCAUGGUAUGUCAUGAAGGAUACACUUCACCGAAUAUCAAUAAGCCACAGCGCCCUGUGCUUGCUCAUGAAAACAUACACGGUGGGGGGGAACCGUUUCAGGCUCUAUAUAACUAUACUCCUAGGAACGAAGAUGAAUUGGAACUCAGAGAGGGAGAUGUCAUUGAUGUGAUGGAAAAAUGUGAUGAUGGCUGGUUUGUGGGAACCUCAAGAAGAACCAAAUUCUUUGGUACUUUCCCUGGAAACUAUGUCAAGAGGCUGUGAAUUUUUUUUCUACUUAUUUAUGCUGCAUCUCUGCAACACAUCUGCAUAAGCUGCUAGAAAACAUGCUAUGCUGGUCUUCUGUUUUCUUGCUUGCAGUCUCAAAUAGAGGCCAUCUAGUUCAUCCUCAUCCCAUCCCACCCUCCAAACCCUUCAGCAGUAUUACAGCAACGACCACGGUGUGAAUGACUUAAGCUUUUCUGAAACAAGAGGAAUCGUUUCAACCUUAAAUACUCCCUGCUUUAAAGUCUUUUCAUUUGAAACACAACACGAAAAGCCUGAGGACAGGUACACAGAUGAAUUUCCAUGGGGGGUGGGGAGGGGGAGAAGCUGUUCUUGGUUUAGACACUCAUGGUCCUGUCAUGAAGCCUGAUGGGAUGUUUCAGCAUGCACAUCAUACAGAGGAAGUUGCUGUUUACUACUUUUGAAAAACAUUGUUUGAGUUUCCACAUUCUUAUUAGCCUGGCAGCAUUUGUUGCUUUCACUUUGCCGUAUCACAGGUUUGCCUAUUGUACUGGUUUACAAUAUAUGACAAAUUAUAAUAGAGAUUUUUUUUGCCUGCACUUGUACGUUGUAACAUAUACACAGUGAUUGUAAAAUCUCAAGCAAGCGUAGUGACAAAUGGGAGAACUGCAAGUGUUCUGAACAGAUGCAAUGGUAUCGGCUAAACCUUUUUUCCCCCCUAAUAAAGCUCUAGUGUUUUCUGUUAAAAGGUAGGAAGUGCAAGAGGCAUAAAACCUCAGGAAACAGAAGUUAAUGAAGAGACAGACUGAUAUAAGCAUAGACAGUAAUAACCUGACAUUGUUGAUUACAUUGUCUGACAUUUUGAUUACAACCAUUUAAUGUUGUAAUAGUAAGCAACAUGGAAUAUGAGAGGUUAGUGUUUUUACGUAUCAGGAAUUUUAAGCAGCAGGAAGUAAACAGUGUUAGUGCAAAGGAUUGUUGGUUUGGGGGGUUUUCCUAACAUAGCCACCUGAAAAAUAUUCACAAGUAUGAUGUACCAAUUUACUUCACUAUAUAUAUGUAUGUAUGUAUGUUAACAAAACCUGAGUUACACAUUCUUUAGGAAUUUAGUACUGAAAAACAAACAAAAAGAGUCACAAGUAUUAAAACUGAUACAUUUUAGAGGUGGGUUUUUCUUUCCUCCCUCUGAAGGAAACAAGUAUUUGAAAACACACAUUUUCCAUAAGCAAAAGCAUAAAUAGCAAAUGAAAUUAAGGCAUAGGAUGAUAAUGACUAUGGCUUUAUAAACAUAAAAAUUCAGAUUUGGUUUCUUCAGCACCUUAUAGAUGGCAAAAGCUUCUACUGCAUUUCUUAUGGGUAAAGGAUUGAAAUUAUCAAAAUGUAUGUAGUCUCUGUAGCAUUUUGUACAUAUGUUUGCUUUUUUGUACAGAGCCAUUUGGUUGUUGAUUUUUAAAAAAUUAAGUAAGUUCCUUAUUUGAUCUUUGCCCUCUUCACAAACAGAACAUUUCAAUGCCUUUUUCUUUUCUUGCUCUAUUUACCAUAAGAACAUCUGGAUAGUGCAAUUCUGUAAGAUAGCAUUUUAUGCAAAAUUUUAUUAAUUAAAAUAUGGUUUACCAGCCAAAUCUAAAUGUACAUAUGUCUUUAUUACUGAGAAAUGUCAUUAAGACAAAGGUAAAGAAACAUCUUUGUGCAGCAUACCUUUAUUAUUGCAGAUUUCAUGGCAAAAGCUUUAUAUUUCAAAGGCUUUCAAUUUUAAACUAGAUGUGCAUGCAGCUUUGCUGUGAGAUUAAUACCUAUCUUUAAUGCCAUUUAUGAUUGAAGACUUAAAUAUCUGUUGCCUGUGAUAUUUAAAAAGUACUGUUUCUACUCUGUAUCUGAUUUUAGAAAAAUACAGGUUUUUCAUACCUGGCUUUCAGGUAACUGACUUUGAAUUCCUACAAGCAAAAGAUCUCUGUGGUUUUUUUUCUUGAAUAGACUUCUAAUAAAUUUUGCUUGGAGUACA